CAAUAUGCAAUAGACAAAGCGUCUGCAGCCUGCAAGGCUGCAUCAUAAAUGUCAAUUUUGGAAUUGAUUUCUAUCCAUAGCGUCAAAAAUUUUGUUUUCGUAUCAAAACGACUUCCAGACAACACAUUUUGAGUUUGGUAAUAUUUUAAAUCAUGGAAGUAAAAGAAUGUAGCGAUUUGGCUGAAGAAAAUCAAUUCAUUGUCGAUGAUGUGAGUAAAAUAAUUAAAGAAGCUAUAGAAAACUCUAUUGGAGGUACUGCUUACCAGCACAACAAAGUGAACCAGUGGACAUCGGCUGUUGUGGAAUCAUGUCUUGGACAGCUAACAAAACUACAAAAGCCUUAUAAAUAUAUAGUGACAUGCACAAUAAUGCAAAAGAAUGGUGCCGGACUCCACACAGCAUCUUCAUGUUUCUGGGAUAACAAUACGGACGGAUCAUGCACUGUCCGUUGGGAAAAUAAAACAAUGUACUGCAUUGUCUCCGUCUUUGGCCUUGGCAUUUAAUAUUAUUCUAACAGAUUUGCUUUUAAAUCUUUUGUGAAAUCAAGAACUAUAUUUAACAUAGCCAUCUAUGAUUUGCUUGCAAGAGUUUGUAAAUUAAAUUGUAGUAUGCUAAAUAUUAUUCUUAAGAACUGUAAUGCCUUUAAGUAAUAUUAUUGUAUAACAUUGCAAUAAUGAACAAAUGGUAAAAAGAAUUAAUAUAGGGAAAGGACAGUGCACAUAAAAAUUAAUUUUGCAAUAUGUAAACACAGAAUUAUUUAUCUUUAAUUUCAGUAAUACAGACUUAUAGUCAUUACUUAAUUUUAAGUAAGUAGGAUAUAUUUUCGUACACAAUAAAUAAUUAAAAUCUCCAA